UCCCUGGCUGGGGUGUGUGUUGUGUAUUGGCAGCGGGGCGGCUCCGACUCCCUGACGCCAGUGAGACCAGAUCAAUCCAGGCAGCCGGGGAGAGAGGAGGAGGAGGGAGCCUCACAUCCCGGGCUGCUGAGAGGCAUGCGAGCCUCUGGCUACAUUGUUACCGAGAGACAUUCUACAGCCCUGUAACAAGCGCUAACGUUCUACCCGCUGCCAGAAUCUGUUGGAGCUGCAGGCUGACUCUUGCACCAGAUAGCUGUCAUUUUGUAUCUCGACAGCAAAAGAACAUUAAAUACAAAAACAUUGUUCUGGACUCUUGAGAGAAGUGCGCAAUUAAGGACUUGUCACAAUGAAUGUGACCAGCUUAUUCUCCUUUACUAGCCCGGCAGUGAAGAGAUUGCUUGGGUGGAAACAGGGAGAUGAGGAGGAGAAAUGGGCUGAGAAAGCGGUGGAUGCCCUGGUGAAGAAGCUUAAGAAGAAAAAAGGAGCAAUGGAAGAGCUAGAAAAAGCUCUGAGUUGUCCCGGGCAGCCCAGUAACUGUGUCACAAUUCCUCGCUCUUUGGAUGGCCGGCUACAGGUCUCUCAUCGCAAGGGCCUCCCUCAUGUGAUUUAUUGUCGUGUCUGGCGCUGGCCAGACCUACAAAGCCACCAUGAACUGAAACCUUUGGAGUGCUGCGAAUAUCCAUUUGGCUCCAAGCAGAAGGAGGUCUGCAUCAAUCCUUACCAUUAUAAGCGAGUGGAAAGUCCUGUUCUUCCACCGGUCCUGGUUCCAAGGCACAGUGAAUACAACCCACAGCACAGUCUCCUGGCCCAGUUCCGCACCAUGGAGCCUAGUGAGCCUCACAUGCCACACAACGCCACUUUUCCAGACUCUUUCCAGCAGCAAAACAACCACCAGUUUCCUCAUUCUCCGAAUAGCAGCUACCCAAAUUCACCUGGCAGUAGCAGUACUUAUCCUCACUCACCAGCCAGCUCUGAUCCAGGAAGUCCUUUCCAGAUCCCAGCAGACACCCCUCCACCAGCUUACAUGCCGCCUGAAGAUCAGAUGACCCAGGAUAACUCCCAGCCAAUGGACACUAAUAUGUUGGUGAAUGCCAUCCCUCAAGAAAUAAAUAGAGCAGAUGUUCAAGCUGUUGCAUAUGAAGAGCCAAAACACUGGUGCUCUAUUGUCUACUAUGAGCUCAACAACCGCGUAGGAGAAGCGUUCCAUGCCUCCUCCACAAGUGUGCUGGUGGAUGGCUUUACAGAUCCUUCAAAUAACCGGAACAGAUUUUGCCUUGGGCUGCUGUCCAACGUCAACCGCAACUCCACUAUUGAAAACACCCGGCGGCAUAUUGGGAAAGGUGUCCACUUAUACUAUGUUGGAGGGGAAGUAUAUGCUGAGUGUCUAAGCGAUAGCAGCAUUUUUGUUCAAAGCCGGAAUUGUAACUAUCACCAUGGAUUCCACCCGACAACUGUCUGUAAAAUACCUAGUGGUUGCAGCUUGAAGAUUUUCAACAACCAGGAGUUUGCUCAGCUGUUAGCCCAGUCUGUAAACCAUGGUUUUGAGACAGUCUAUGAACUGACAAAGAUGUGCACUAUUCGGAUGAGCUUUGUUAAGGGCUGGGGUGCAGAGUACCAUCGCCAGGAUGUUACAAGUACUCCUUGCUGGAUUGAAAUUCACCUUCAUGGCCCACUCCAGUGGUUGGAUAAAGUACUUACUCAGAUGGGCUCACCCCACAACCCUAUCUCCUCGGUUUCCUAAUGGAGUAGAACAUUUCUAUCUUUUAAUGCAACGGAGCCGUGCAUGUACUUGAAGGAUGUAGGCGUCAGACACGUACUGGCAAAAGGGGACUUUAACUUUAUUUUUAUUUUUUUAUAUUUUCUUCAGUGGAGAGCCUCUUAUACUUGAUGUUUGUGACCAACUCUUAACACGAGAGGGAACGAAUUGUUAAACCAUCUAAGUCCAUUGCACAGUUGCUGCCCUAAUUAAAUGUGACCCUCUUGUCAGCAGCAAAUGUGAGGUUUAGAAUCUGUAGUUCACAAUAUAGCACUGUGAUCUAGAACAGUGCUCUGUAACGUAAGUGACGCUGGAUUCCAGCAGCUUUUGUCAGUCAGUGAAAUGCAGUAAAGACGAAGAGGCUUUCAAUAAAGACCAGCAGCAGCUUUAUUGCAAACAAGUAUAUUUUGAGGGGACAGUAUUGGAGGUUAAAUUGAGAAAUAUCCUUGUGAAAAUGUGGGGGUGUUUCAGCUAAAGUCAAAAAAGUAAUUUUAAUAGUUGUACAUGGAAGACUAACUUGUCACUUAUUUUUGUGUAUUGGUCAUGCCUCCACCAGGAUGUUAGGUUAUGCUCCUUGCUAGAUGUUUUGUACAUAUUUCUCCAUCCUGUAUUCCCCUUUUUUAUGAAGCAUAAACAAUAAUUAGAAUGGAUCUUGGAGGUUGUAGGCCAGGAGGUAUGAUCAAACUGUCAACUGGAUCAGGUUUGCUUUGUGUCUGCUGUAUAAUACAUUCAUGCCCCAUGUAUUUUCCAUCCAGUUGGCUAGGAGGUAAAUGAAAAUCCUCUUUGCAGUACAAUUCUUGCAUAUUUUCAUACGAGAACUGUAUUGUAUGCUCCUCUGUUGAUCUCUUCCCUGCUUUUGGAGGGCUUGCAAUAUUGAGUGGAUUUUCCAAAAUAUAUCCAGUACUUUUAUUGCCAGAGAUAAUGCAAUGCUUCAGGCCUUUAAACACCAACUUUAAAGGACAUACAGGUACAGGAUACCAAAUUGCUCCUCCAGUAGUACAAGCAAACAUGAUUUAAUCUGCCAGGCUUAUAAAAUUGGAUUGAUAUUUCAAAUUCCCAAUUCUACUCACCUGAAACCUUAUUUUAUUUAGUUUUUUUUUUUUAUAUUGUUACUUUUUGUACUAUUUGUUUUCUCUUAGUCUUUUAUAUUCACAAUUAAGCUGUAGUACUUGUCUAAAGUACUUUUUAUUCCAAAUCUAGUGGAUCAUAUCUACUAGAAAUUUAAAUAAACUGUCAUUAUUGCUUA